GAUUUAAUGUACAGUAUGUUUGUGUGAUUUUUACGUUGUUUGCAUUAUUUUAAAAACAUACUCAACUUUUUUAUACAACUGUUAAAAUAGCCUAUUUUAAUAAUCUCCCAGAAAUAAAUGGAUAAAGUCUGCUAUAGUUAUAUACUAAUAAAGCUUGGCAUGGAAUGCAUCAAAGCAUCGUUUUGCAGGCAAUGCGCUACAACCAAGCGCUGCAGGAGCCAAGCGCAAUAAGUAGGGCAGUUGAUCCAAAGUGACUCAUUUCAGUACCACCUGUUGGUUUGACCGUGACCGAGCUGUUGUCUUGGACUUCCGCUCUCCAAGUGUAGUCGCCAGAUCAGUUUCCACAGCGUUAAACUGACAGCAAGGAGACACAACGCGAGUGGCUCCGUGCACAGUACUGUAACGUGCGCUCCGCCUGCAGCUCUGCUAACUUCAACGCUGAUUGUGAUCGACAGAAUUACAACAAACUCUUAAAGCUGAUCCUACCUUCACUAUCAUCCCACAGGUGUCAUCUUUACUUUCAGUGCCAUGUCCACCCCCACUACACGUGACGGUUCUGGGGCCGCUGCAUCCUGCCGGCCCUCCUCCUCGGUCGACAGCAGCAGCUACAUGGAGUCCGAUCCUGACCGUGGACUGCUGUUCCCGGUGGUAAGGCCCUCCGUGGUGACUCGACGUGUCCUGCGUUUACGGGCCUCCAGCAGCUACGAGAGCCCCGUUACACGCCGCAAGAGGAAGAUGAUCCCCGCAGACAGGAAGGAUUCCGCCUACUGGGAAAAACGACACAAGAACAACGAGGCGGCCAAGCGGUCAAGGGAGAAACGGAGGCUGAAUGACCUGAUGCUGGAGGACCGGCUACUGGCCGUGAGUGAGGAGAACGUACAGCUACGGGCGCAAGUGCUCAGCCUGCAGUAUCACAUCAGUCUCCGUGAAGAAAAGAGCAAAGCUGCCAGGGCUUGUGCAACAUCUACACCGCCUUUUGUAGCUUCUUCUACCCUGUCCUCACCUAGACCGGUCCAUAGCCCUGCCCUUUGCCAGACAGGGCUGUGGGGCAACAGCAAGAUCAACCCAGCUUCUAUCCUAGGUGUGAGGGAUCAAGGGACAGUCAGCCCCCCUUUUGAGGUCAAGAUCCCGUGGUUUGGCUCAACUAGAUGCGCUGGUGGUUUUAAUCCACAAAGUCCUCAGAACUGUGGCACACAGAAAAGCAUCCUCCCUCUCUCCGGGCUCUGUGUCCUCACUCCCCGAGCAACUUUAGAGGGCGGGAGGUCAGCGGAGGGAGAGAUGGAUGUCCUGCGACAAAUCUCCUCCAGCGAUGACAUCCCUAUCUCCACCUCUAGGCCUAUCCGAGCAUUACUGCAGCCACCUGACGCGCUCCAUCAUGCCUCCACCCUGCCGUAUCCAGCUCAGAGUUGGCUGGUGCCUCAUUUGAAUCACUCAGCAGUGUGUAACAAUCUUCUUCUGCCUUGGCGAUCCUCCUGCCUGGCACCAUCGGCCGUCUACCCCGGCCUGCCUCUGUACAUGCAGGAGAGAAAGGGUCAAGAUCUCGGUGUGGAGGCAGACACUGAGAGGAUCUUCAAGAGCCAGUUCAGCAGUGUACCCCCGGGCCCGCCUCAGCAAGAGAUGCACCUCGGUCCUGACAGAUGCUAAGAGGACUGCUUGAGUCGCGAGAAAAACAAGCUGCAUUCAUGCCUUAAAUGCACUUACAGCUAUGAAUAUUUUUGAUUAGCAAUGAAUACAGAGACUUUACAAUUUGAAUCUACUCCCCGCCUUCCAAUUUGUUAUUUGGCCAUAAUAGAAACAGAAAGAAUACUUAUAGAAGGACAUCUUACAGUGUGGAUUUACUGGCUGAUGUUGUGGUUUUAAAGGGUUCUUUUAAUAUAAAAUAGAUGUUAGACUGCACGCCUGAAAAAGUGUCGUCAGAAAUCCACCAAACAUUUAGAUUACGUCCACUUUCAUCUCAUGUCUUGCUUUGUCUUGAUUUAUUGGAGAGGAGUUUGAUUCUAGGUUGACUGGUGGAUUUGAGGAGUUGUUUAUCUGUGGUAGCGCCUGAGCCAACGAAACUGGCAGUUUGUUGGCUUGGUAUUUCCCUGCGUGAUUUCCCAGCAGGUUCAAUGGAAAUCCAAACGUUGAAUGUUGUUUAUACGGGUAAUAGCCCCAUGCAACUUCAUCUUGCAUUGCAUAUGGUUGCAUGUGGUGCUCAUUUUUGUUCAAGUCUGGAGUAUUAAGAAAAAACAACGAAAUGUCUCCACUCGGUUGAUCGUUACUAAAAACCUGUGGGGUAUUUUCCACCCUUUAUGAAAAUUCCAAUAUGUUAUAUCUCUCGUUGUUAUUUAGCAAAGGUUUGGAAAAUAAGAGACCAAGGUGUAGUAUUUUAAUUGUCAUUCAAAACGCAUUUAGAAAGACUUAUUAGAAAGACCACGGUGAUACAAAACUAAAUAAUCUCCAUCCUAUUUAUUAUUUAUUCUUGCAGCUUAUGUUAAUUGAGGGUUAUUCAUGAGGGUGCAACCAGCUACACUGGUGUAGGUCUAUAUGACAGUCAAACCCGUGGCUGAACCGUUUAAGAUUUUCUUCUGCACGCACCACUGGGAAAGUGCAUCUAGAAAGUUUGUUCUUUUUUCACCAGCACUAAAUUAAAUCAAACUGUGAUGCAGGGUGGUGAAAUAUGACAAGCCAGUCACAUUUAGCUGCUCGUGUGGUACCUACGUUAGGAUUAGGCUUUGUUACGCUAUACUUCUAACAAAAGAGUUCUUCAAAACCGGUUUAUUGAUCUGAUUUAAUCUUUGACAAGUCGCUGGCAUCCCAAGUUAUCAAUCUCACACAGCAGCAUGUUCCAUAAAACAACAGCAGAGGGCGCUACAACACAAAUAGUGCAGCAGGUGUGGAUUCAUGCAGCUCAAACCAGCAGGCUUUUGUUUCCUUAUUAAAAUACCUGUUUUAAAUAAAUUCUGCCUCUACAAAGUGCAUGUAUUUUCUAGCAGGUUUGGGAAGACA